UGGAGUGGAAGUUUUUUGGUGGUUGUCCUUUUGGAAGUUUUGGUCUCGUGUGUCCCAUGCCGAACGUGGCAGUGUCUUUAUGUGGUACAUAAAAGUGCAUAAUUGGCCAUUUGUUGUGUACUUAAAGGAAAGGGGAAAGCAACAGCAGUAACAGAAGAAGCAGGAAAUCGCGGUUUAGUCUGGAUUCAACUUCUCUGCAAAAUGAGUCCCAAAAAGAAGAUGUCCAAAAAGGAGCGAGCUCGCCUGGAGGCCGAACAAGCCGAACAUCAGCGGAUGGAACUGGAACGGGAACGGCAGCGUAAGAUCGAGGAGGAAAAAAUGCGGAAAGUUCGCGAAAAGGAGGAAGCUGAGCGGAAACAGGUGCGAGAAAUAGUGGCCAACAAGUUGCGAAAAGUCCAACUGGAGGAUAGUUACAAAUAUUUUGCGUUAAUUAAAGAGGAGGUUAAACAUCUACAUGGCCAGCAGAAGAAAGACCGUGAGUGGGAGCAGUACAUGCGGUGCAAUGGCUUACCGAAUGCGUUUGAUCCUGCGGAUUUGAGAAAGUAUUUGCACAUCUGGUGUGAGGCCAUCCGGCUCUACAACGAACGCGAACAAAACUGGCUGCUGUGCACCAACGAGCAGAGCAUAUUGACGCAAGACGUUAACGUUGCCAACAUGUCGCGCGAGAGCCUGAAGCAACAGCAGCCGGAAAUAGGAAACGUGUACGCGGCCAAGACGAGGGAAGUCCUCGGCAUACUGGAGGAGAUAGACGACGCUCUGCACGAUACGGAUAUGACACAGACGAUGAUUGAUGACUUACACGAGAUGAAAACUGAAUUUCGCCGAGUGCUGGCCAACUAUAUCGACGAGUUCGCGUACAAAAUCCUGAGCAACAUUAACCGGGACAUGGCACUGACGGGGCUGCUGGAAGUAACGCACAAGUACGAGUCCGACGUAUUCAAAAUGCAGCUUUAUGGGCUCCGGGACAUGCCCACUCCCCAACUCAACCCCAAGGAGAAGGCCAAAGAGGACAGCAAACACACGGAUAUCGAUUUCCCGCUGCUGGGGUUUCAUCUGGUUCUACCAGCUGCCGUGAAGUGUCAUCAUUCAGCAAUAAGAGGUUUAUGGAUAAGCUACGACCAUUUCAGUGACUAUUGCCCCAGCUACGAUAUGCCCUACAGGCAGGAUUACCGUGCUGAUCUGCGUAUUAUUAGCCGAAUCGAGUGGAAAAAGCGGAAGGAGAUCCUGAAGGCGGUGUACGAGGAACCGCGGGAAAAACGGCCGGACGACUCCGAGGACGACGAACGGGCAACGCACGACAUCGACGUAGACAAAAUUUACACCGAGCACGCGGAUGAGCUGAUGAAGAAGGAACGCGCCAAAAAAGGAACCAAGGCACUGAAUCUGUUCGAGAACGACGUGAACAUGAGAAGCCAUCGCAUAAUUGCCGGUGUUUAUUGCAUCGAUUAUCUGGAGCAGCCGAUGCAGGAGGUUAAAAUUGCAAAAAAGUCGCUCCUUCGGACGGUUCCAGCGGGCCAGUUGACGAGGAAGAAAUUCUAUCAGCCAUCGACCUCCCCAACGCCCCAGCCGGGAGUGCGCCGGCUGCCGGAGGAAAUCGAAGCCGAAAUCAAACAAAUGGAGGAGAACCUCGACAAGCUGGCAUUGAUCACGUUACAGCUGCCGGAGAAUGUGUUUUGGUUCGAGCCACCAAUCGUGUGCCGCUGGGAGCGCAGAGAAGAGACUUUAGAAUCCGAGCCCAGUUUUUCCAAGUACUUAGACAAACAUAAACAUAUGGUGCAUGCAGCAAAGGAACGCAAAACCAAAUCGAUGCGCGACCGUAAGACAAAGUAUAUCGAAGAUUUCAACAUCCUCGACAUCCCGUCACACGUCCACCUCAGCUCCAUCGUUGCUGAUUUCGUGAUUCCCAAGCUUCCGGAAAACUAUGCAGUCAAAAUAGUACCACAGGAGGACAAGAAGAAGUCUCACUUUAUGGCUAGUGGCAAAAAGUCCCGUGAGAAAAAAAGGAAAAUCACCAAAACUCCUUCGAGUGCGGCACUGACUAACAUCGUUUACGAGACGAAAAUACCGUCCUAUCUUUUCCCACCGGGCUGUGGUAGCAAAAUACUGAAAAUAUGGAACAGACGAAAUAAAUUAAGCUACCCUUCCAUUCCGGAGGAGAGCGACGACCAGGCGGACUACGAUGACUCCGACAACGAUGCGGCCUCUGCUGGGAACGGAAAAUCUAGGAAAAAGCAAUACAUGUUCUCUAAAUUUAUGAAAGAUUUAGACGAGUUAAUUGAUGCGAAAACCCCAAAAUUUGAAUUUAAAAUUGAAGAAAUAGUUACGACCGUAUCCAAAGCCGAGCAGGGCAGACAAAGCGUGAUGAUUGUUCGUUCCGAGGAACGGACCCGGGAUCGUGAUCGGAAGGCAAAGGUCCAGAAGAGCAAGUUCGACUCGGACGAUGAGGAGGUGGACUACGGGGACAUCCAGGAGGUCGGAAACUAUGUUAUGGUGGACCGGGAGAAGGAGUACGUUGGCAAGUGGAGCACCAGGGACAUCCAUGAUGUGAAAUUCAACGAGGAUAAAUUAACAAUUCAGUUUCGGAUCGGGCGGCUGGGGGCGAUAGCGUUCGCCGCAAACCGAUACAGCAAUCUGCCAUAUCAGUCGUGGGAACUGAAGCCGGACCUCAAGAACCCCGGCUGUGUCGUGUUCUCCCUCACCGCAGCCGUCGUCAGUACGGAGAUCACCGUCAGUGAGCAGGGCUUCCGCGUCAACUCGCUGCAGGGUGGCCCGACGCAGGCCCUGCAGGAAAUUCUCGGCCAGGUGAUGCCGAUGCGGAAAAUGAUGAAACAAUUACGGCUGGCUGCCGUUGACCUCUUUCCCGAAGAUGACGCAUUCAACUAUUGCGAGGGCUCGUGCGAAAAGAACCCCAUCAUGGAGUCGCACCUUUACGACUGCAUGGGCCUGCUAGCGCUGACACAUAACUUUUCCUGGUCCAGAUGGAAUCUGCUGUCGGGCUGUCGGAUGUGCGUUCUGCUGAUGCGUGAAAUUAUCGAACACCGCCGGAUUCCGAUUCAUUCGACGCUGCUGGUGACCCCGCUGAAGGCUACAAUCGUCGAUUCAGUGGAAGUCUCGCCGGUUUUCAACAGCAAUCCCAUCGAUGGCAUGCAGCCUUACGCUGACCUGUACCAUCUAGGCCGCGAGCACUCGCAACCAUCGUCAAAAGUGAAGCAGGAAAACAUGAGCCCCAUCCUACGGGACAACGUCGUCCGGCUUCUGAAGGCAGUUCGUCCGCUAAGCUUUUCGUGAAUGAACGACGUGAAUGAAAUACAUUUUGUAACCCCUUAGCGUUCUACUACGAUCCGAUUCGUCCAAAAUGAUUUAAUUUAAAAUAGGAGGAAACAAAUCCAACUGUUUGUUCAUUGAAAUAACAAUUCCACAAUGGAACUAGUAAUUUGGAGUGGCGUACAUUCUUGCGUAGGAAAUGGACUCUUGUAUUCAGUUGUUAAUAUUUUAUCAGCAAAGAAAUUUCAACCAUUCUUAUCCAAGCUGACUAGACUCUAACAAGCGAGCACAGAAUGGUAAGAUUUGUGUACCGUUGCCAGGCAAACAGUAGUUAGAAGCGUUUAUUUGAUGAAUGGAAAAGUGGAAUGAGA